AUGCUCGGGCUGGUGUUGCGGUCUAUACGGUUCUUCCUGUUGCAAAAGGGACAGGGAAAAGCGGCGCUCGCAGGAACGGCGCGCGCAGCGUGCUCCAAUUUAAUAGAUUUUUUUAAUGAUUUAUCACCAUUUGAGUUUAAUGUCUAUGUCGGCGAUCGUGAAAUAAGGUUUCUCUUCUCGGGAAUCUUGACGAUCAGCGGCUGCUGUUCCCGCUUUGAUGCGGCGGUGCCUGUACGACUGACAGUUGCGGAGAAUGCGGGACGAAUGCAUGGGGACGGCGGUGAGAGCGUUUGCCUGGGCUGUGAAAAACAACAUCGUCGUGCCAAGAAGUGUCAAGAAGUGGCAAGAUGUGUCGACGAAGCUCGGUGCCGUGUCCCAGGACCUGCAUGUGCUGGGAUCUACACGACAAGAAAACGGAAGUCGUGUGCUAAUGCAGAAGCAUCAAGGGCCGGCGAGCUAUGGAGGAGCGGAAACACCUAG